CGGAGUUGGACUUCGGCUGACUGACAGGUUCCACGAAACCAGAAAACCUUUUCAUUAAAGAGAAAAACCGGAGAAUAUACAGGACACUGCUGCUGGCUCCCUGCAACAUCCCAAUGAAAGGAGAGAGAGAGAUCACGACCAAGAUGGACCCGUCUAACGGGCUGGACCGGCCGCCGGACAGCGUCCCGCACACCGAGGUGAAGAUGAAGGACAGGGGACAGUGGAGCAACAAGCUGGAGUUUGUGCUGUCUGUGGCCGGAGAGAUCAUCGGAUUGGGAAACGUGUGGCGCUUCCCGUAUCUCUGCUACAAGAACGGAGGAGGUGCAUUUUUCAUUCCCUACCUGAUCUUCCUCUUCACCUGCGGUAUUCCCGUGUUUUUCCUGGAGAUUUCUCUGGGUCAGUUCACCAGCGAGGGAGGAAUCACAUGCUGGAGGAAGAUCAGCCCGCUGUUUGAAGGGAUCGGAUACGCCACUCAGGUCAUCGUGGCUCUGCUGAACUUCUACUAUAUAAUCGUUUUGGCCUGGGGAAUAUUUUACCUGUCCUUCUCCUUCUCCUGGAUCCUGCCGUGGUCCUCCUGCAACAACACCUGGAACACAGAAUCCUGCAUAGAAUUCCAAAGACGGAAUGAAUCCAUUGACCAAAGUCACCUAGAGAACGCAACAUCGCCCGUGAUCGAGUUUUGGGAACGCAGAGUUUUGCGAAUCUCGUCUGGGAUUGAGGAGAUAGGAACGCUGCACUGGGAUCUGGUCCUCUGUCUGUUGCUGGCCUGGGUUCUCUGUUAUUUCUGCAUUUGGAAAGGCGUCAAAUCCACCGGCAAGGUGGUGUACUUCACUGCGACCUUCCCAUAUGUUAUGCUGCUGAUUUUACUGAUCCGAGGGGUAACCCUGCCAGGAGCAUCCCGUGGGAUCAAGUACUACCUUUAUCCCGACCUGGGGCGAUUAGCAGACCCGCAGGUGUGGAUGGACGCAGGUACGCAGAUCUUCUUCUCGUAUGCCAUCUGUUUAGGUUGCCUCACUGCACUCGGAAGCUACAAUAAAUACAACAACAACUGCUACAGGGAUUCUCUGGCCCUGUGUUUCUUGAACAGUGGAACCAGUUUUGUCGCAGGUUUUGCCAUCUUCUCGAUUCUCGGCUUCAUGUCUUACGAACAGAACGUCCCGAUCUCAGAAGUGGCCGAGUCUGGUCCUGGUUUGGCGUUCAUUGCGUAUCCGCGAGCAGUGUCCAUGAUGCCCGUCUCUCCGCUGUGGGCCUGUUUCUUCUUCAUCAUGAUUGUUCUGCUGGGCUUGGACAGUCAGUUCGUGUGUGUGGAGAGUCUGGUCACAGCUACGGUGGACAUGUACCCCACUUUCUUUCGUCGGAAGAACCGCAGAGAGCUGCUGAUCCUCGUCGUGGCCGUCGUGUCCUUCCUCGUGGGUCUCAUCAUGCUCACAGAGGGUGGAAUGUAUGUCUUCCAGCUGUUUGAUUACUACGCUGCCAGUGGGAUGUGUUUGCUGUUCGUUGCUAUUUUCGAGACGGUGUGCAUCGCUUGGAUAUACGGUGCUAAUCGGUUCUAUGACAACAUCGAGGACAUGAUUGGUUACCGUCCCGGGCCGUAUAUUAAAUACUGCUGGCUCUUUUUCACCCCAGCCACGUGUUUUGGCACGUUUGCGUUCUCGCUGAUCAAGUACACUCCUCUGAAGUAUAAUAACGAGUAUGUGUACCCGUGGUGGGGGUACGCUCUGGGCUGGCUGCUGGCGCUCUCCUCCAUGCUCUGCAUCCCGCUCUGGCUCCUUUCUAAACUGAGCACAGCCAAAGGGUCACUGAGAGAGCGUUUCCAGAAGCUCAUCACUCCCUCGCAGGACCUGCCCAAAACCAGACGAGAGCAGGAGAAGCUUCAGGCCAUCUUCACAGCCGACGGCGACGCUCUGCGCUCCACCAAAGAUGGGUACAUCCCUGUCAGCGAGAAGGAGUCGCACUGCUAGACGUGUGCCUCUGAACCUUCCUGUGAUACCUCACACAGAACUGACAGCCAAAAACAUUACCACAGACAGACAGAAGGGCUACUUCUCAUUUACAAAAAACAGUGGUUAGUUCAUCACACACUCUCAGAAGAAAAGGUACAAAAGCACUGGAACAGGUGCACUUUUGUACCUUUUUUUCGGAGCGUCCACAUCUAGAGAUUUCAGUUAAAGCCGUUUCUCAAAAGGAGAUGUUUCUCCACUUAAGCAGCCUGUUGUGUUCCUAUCGAAGGUUUUUAUAAAGGGCUUGUUAUCGUUCACCUGGUUUUAUACAGCACUUGAUUCGUGAAAAAAAACAUCAUUUAUUCUGUCUGUUGACGGUGUUUUCUGAUUCAUGGAGAAAUCAAAACAGAUACAUCCAAAAUCUCAUCAGUAAAAACUAAAUGAAAGGAGAACUGUAAACCUGGCUUCAUCCAAUCUUCUGGAAAUGCAUGCAGAUUUGUGUCUAUCAUAUAAUACCUCAUUUGCAUGACUAAACAUAACACUUCAGAAAAACAUGUUUGCAGUCCUUAAUAAACUAAGUAUGGUGAUCUAUUACUUUUUUUUGUUAGUUGGUUUGUUGGUGUUUUUACCUUAUUCACCUGUCUUGCAUUAAAUUAAACAUUAAUAAUGCUCAGUAUUGUGUGCUAUGUUGUGCUUUUAGGAUAUAAUAAACUGCACCCAAAGCAUUCUGGGUCUUUUCCCCAUCAACCCCUUCUGAAACAGAAACUGGAGGGUCUUUAAGGACUGUUUCAGUUCAAACAAUCAAUGCAUCUGCUUUCUAAGGAAGCAAAAUUGUGUUUUUUUAGAGUCCAUGUGGAUGUUGAUGGUAAACACAGCAAUGUCUGUGGGGUUUUAUACAAGAACCAUCUUGCAUGAGUUAUUAUUAAUCCUUAUGAAGGUUUUAGACGAUACAGAACGGAUGCAUGCAUGAAUAUGGUACUGUUUUGAGGUUUCAGUGUUACACAGGUUCAGUCAUCGUUUUUGUGCACUUCUUUGAGAAUGUUUUAGGAUAUAAAUCAUUUGUGAUUUUUGUAUUUUUAUUGUGAAACUGUUUGAGCAGUGUGCAUCUGUCAUGUCGAAUCUGCUGUGUGAUAAAGCUAUGGAAUUUUAACUUCUGCACAAAUCAAUCAGAAUGCAUUUUAAGGACAAAUCGGAUGUAUUUCUUCUUCCUUGUUUUCACUGGUGCAUGCUGUCUUGAUGUAUAUGAAGUCUUGUGGAAGCAGUCUUUGUGUUUAUAAGCUGUACACAUCAGUUGCAUUGGGUUUCACAACCUUGUAGAUGUGUAACAUUUGAGCCAGAUAUACCUUAUUACUCAUGUACAUUACAUCAAUAAAAAGAAACCACUAUGAGGACUAUUCAA